CAGGGCUGCUGCCCCUCUGCACCGCGCCGGCUUUUUUAUGGCUGGGGCUUGCCCCCGGGCAAGCACGAGGCUUCGGUUUUUUGGUGCCUUUGGAAGCCAGCUUUUUUUUGCUGAGCCAGGCAGCGGGGCUGGCCGCCUGGGAAGCCCCAAUGCAGCAGGGGCCACUUGGCACCCCGGACAGGGGCAGGGAGGCCGGGACCAGCCCCCUGGGCAGGGCACCGAUUUAUGGUGCCCCCAAAUUUUGGUGCCCUAGGCACCCGCCUAGUUGGCCUAGUGGUUGCACCGGCCCUGCUUUGUCCUUCUCCCGCUGUGCCACUCCACUGGCAUAUUCGGUCCCUAUCCCUGGCAGCCGGGCCCAGGAGGGGAGUGGGAGUGAGACACAUCUCACCUCGGCUGAAGGUGGCUGCUCUGGGUCACUGUCUCUGUGCAGCGCAGCAGCUUCUUGAGAGAGAGCCCAGCCAGGGUGGCAGCAGUGGCCCACCCUUUCUGCUCUCCGCCCAGGCUGGCUGCCAGGGACAGGGGCCAAGCAAGCCGGAAACGUCCUGGGGGUGAGAGGGAGCUCUGGCUCGCUAGGCCUCUGUCCCUGGCAGCCAGGCCUGAGUGGAGGGGGCGGGCUGCCGCCUCCUUCCCAGCCAGGUUCUCGCAGGCAGCUGCAGCACUGCACGGAGCAGCGACCUGGAGCGGCUGGCAUGAGACGGGGCUGGUCCCACCCCCUCCACUCCCUGCCAGGGACAGGGGCCAAGCAUGCUGGCGGGCAGGCGCAGCAGGCGAAGGACAGAGUCCCUCUCCCUCUCCCAGCAGGCCAAGCAGAUAUCUGGAGGUGUACUUGAGCCCACAUGCCCUCCCUAGCUGUCACCUAUAAGCAACAACCCUUAGCAACUAGGUGCUCAGACAGGAACAUAAAGCUUUAUGCCCGAUGAUAUCAAAUCAGCAGUCUGCUGCUGGUCACCUGACCCUGCUGAGUUGCAGCGGUAGUCUCCGGUGGUGGGAUGUUAGCUGCAGUACCCAGAACUGAGGUAGCACAGUGGUGCAGAGGGUGAGGCUCUCAUUUAGCAACCCCCUAGGCCGGGUUUCAUGAUUGUAGUGCCUGCUACUAAGGUCUUAAAUGUAGUGCUUCUCAUAUCAGACACAGUAUGCUGCCAAUCCGGCUUCAGCAUGAGGAGGCUGGGGAAUUAACACCCUCCUGGACUGGUCCACUUGUAAGCUCCCCAGGGUGAAGGCUGAAAAAAAAGGAAGGACAAGAAUCCAGGCUUCGAUUCCUAAAAUGUUCCUGCUGCCGCAAAAAUGCACACGGAUUUCUAAGAAAGGCUGACUGGAUUUCUACUGCAAAGUUUCAGUUAGAUGGCGGCACACACAGAGGGACCACCGGCUCACAUCCAAUAAAUGAACUACAGAAAAAGUGACAGAGAUCUCUAAAAAUUGUUUGGAAAAAUCAUAGAGUCCAAAAGAGAAAUUUACAGGACCAUGCCUGGAGAGACUACAACCUUGCUGAAUGCAUCUGUGGGUACACCUCAGGCCGGUACCAUUCAUUCUGACAUUGCACGUUACAUAUUGAUUACUAUAUAUACAGUGGCAUUUAUUGGAGGUACAAUUGGAGCCAUCGCAAUGUCAUUUUUGCUGGUUAAAAUGAACACUCUGUCAGUGACCACGGCGGUGAUCGUCAACCUCGUGGUGUUGCACUGCCUGGUUCUCCUGACUGUGCCGUUUCGGCUUUAUUAUUAUAUCAGUCAGAAGUGGAUUUUUGGGCUGGCCUUUUGUAAAGCAGUGAGUGCUAUGAUGCACAUCCACAUGUACCUCACUCUUCUAUUCUACAUAAUCACGCUCGUUAUCCGGUGGCUCAUUUUCUUUCAAUGGAAGGACAAGGUGGAGUUCUACAGGAAGCUGCACGCUGUGGCUGCUAGUGCUACAGUGUGGAUAGUGGCCCUUGUGAUUGUGCUGCCCUUGUUCAGUGCUCGGUAUGGGAUGUCUGGGGAUUAUGGAAAUAACACAUGUUUUACGUUCCAACAAGAACUCAAGAUGGAGAGUGUGAAAGCACUGAACUAUGUCAUAAUUGCCACCGUAGCUGCCAUCACAUGCGUCCUCUUGGGCUUGCAAGUCUUCAUCAUUCUAAAGGUGGUGAAAAAGCUUCCAGGUUCUGUCUGGUCACAUCAAGAAUUGUGGGCCCAGAUUAAAAGCCUGAUGUUCAUAUCUGUGAUAAUCAUUUGUUUCCUUCCAUAUCACCUCUUUAGGCUCUAUUACAUACAGCACAUGAAAGAAAAACAACUAGCAAUUUACAAUGAUAUCUGUCUGAGUAUAACUGCCAUCAGCACUCUUGAUUUGCUGUCAUUUGUUAUAAGCGGAAGCCGUUUCUUUAAGCAAAAGAUUAUUAUGCUUCGAGACAAACUUGCAUGCUGUUAGGUUUGUUCAUUUUUAGAGACCAUCUUCCACACUAAAGUGUUUAGGUGGGAGGAAAACAUAUGGCUUUGUCUGUAUUUUUUUAAAAUAAUAAUUUAUGGAGACAAGUCAAAAAGCAUUAUAAAUUAUGUGUAUCUAUUUAUUUUAUAUGCCUUAAACACAGUACCAGCAAAAUAACAUAGAUUCUUUGAGUGGGUGAAAUACUUACCAGUGUUCACAGGGCCAACCUAGCAGACUAGUGGAAACUGUGCUGUGUCACAAGGGAGACAAAGGUUCCAAUCCCAUGCCCCAGAGGGAAAAGAAGCAAUAGCCCAAGAUGAUUUGUAAGGAAUGUGGAGAGAAAAAAAUAAAACACAAAGUCAGUGAAUAGUGGCUUAUAUAAUAAAAUAUAUAGAUUUUUGAAGUUCCUAGAUCUGUAUAUGUUAUGUAUACUGUUUAUAUGUUAUUUAUUAACAACAAUCUGUGAUAGAAUGUGGUGGUUCUGCAGGUCUUCAUUGAGGAAUUUUGGGCCUACGCUGCAAUGUGGCUUUCUAGUUCAAUGCUCAACUGACAACUCCUAAAAAGCAAGCAGUAAAUGUAUUUCUUAAAUUUUUUCCCCUGAACUCACUCUUUUGAAAAUAGCUUUAUUGUGGGAGGGAAAGGUCUGAUUUAUCUCUUUCCUGUGCUGUAAAAAUGUCUCCAUAAAUAAUUACAUACCACUGGGCACUAUAUUCAGCAUUGGCAGUUCAAAUCAAAAGCCAGUGUUUUUUCUCUUUCUUCACAGACUUGUCCAAUUUUUUCAAGAGCUCAUUUAGUUAACGCUACAGAUAAUUUAUCUUAGAAUAUUAUUCAGACAGCAGUUGUGUUGUUUCUCCAGGUCAUUUAUUUUAGUCUCCAAGGUAACAAUAAUGUCCUUUUCUAUGAUACUUUUGCCCAGUUUUGAAGGCCAUAGUCUGGCCUCUCAGAAUGUUCCUGGGAUAAAAUUAGUCCAACAGAAUUUUGUGAUCUGGGCAAGU